UAAAAAAACACACCUUAUCUCAAAUACCCUUUGCUCCUUUAGCCUCACUCACGCUCUCUUCUCUUCUGCUCCAACUACUAACUAAUCAAUCCUAAGAAACCCAUUUGAAAUUUCAAGUCUCGUUCUGGCUACUACGUCCAUGUUCAUUGUUUACCACACUUCACCAUUCCAAGGCUCUCAUAAACUUCAGCUUACAACUCUGCUACAGAAAAAUAAACUAUUGGUUCUAGAUAUAAGUGCGUUUCCAGAGUAGAAGUGAGGCUAUUGGGUAUGAAAUAAACAUCAAGCACCAUCAUCUACGAAUAUUGUCGCUACUAUAAACAACACAAAAUGGAGAAUGAAUGGAGCUGGGAGCAGAACACGCUCAUCAAUGAGUUAAUUCAAGGGAUGGAGGUAGCAAGGAAGUUGAAGGCGGACUUGAGGACGCCGUAUUCGGCCGGCACAAGAGAUUUACUGGUGCAGAGGAUAUUAUCUUCUUAUGAAAAGGCUCUACUAAUUCUAAGAUGCAAUGCAUCAACUUCCGAGUUGCAGGCCAUGAGUCAAGCAACAGCGACUCGGUUACCAGAGUCCCCAUUGUCUGUUCAUGGAAGUCCUUUGAGUGAGGACGUUGAUGGGACCAUCAAGGAUCACCAGGAAGUUAAACAUGAUUCAAAGAAAAGAAAGACAAUGCCCAAAUGGAUGGACCAAGUAAGAGUGAGCUGCGAGAGUGGUCUUGAAGGACCACAUGAAGAUGGCUACAACUGGAGAAAAUAUGGUCAGAAAGACAUCCUUGGUGCCAAAUAUCCAAGAAGUUACUAUAGGUGCACCUUCCGCAACACUCAGGGCUGUUGGGCCACAAAACAAGUACAGAGGUCAGAUGAAGAUCCUACAAUAUUUGACAUAACUUACAGAGGAAAGCAUACCUGUUCCCAGGGAAACAAUGCUGUUAUGCCACCUAAGUCACCAGACAAACAAGAGAAACCACACAGUCAUAACAUUGAUAUUCACCAUGCACAGGCAUCACAUGAAAGCCUUACAAAGUUCAGAAACAUCUUGGCUGUCAGCACAGAUAAAUUGGACAGUGGAGAUAUGACCUAUCCUUUCACUUUCCCUUCAACUUCAUUUGGAUGCAUGCAACAAGAAAACCACAGCUUGAUUCCUUCAUCCCUAGGGAACGAAUCCUUCUUGAGUGACCUAUACCAAACACACCUGUUAUCUCCAACUACACCAGAAUCACACUACUUCUCAUCUCCAACUUUCCAGAUGAAUGAGUUUGAUGGGAUCUAUAACAAGCCGAAUUCGGAUUCUGAAGUUAAUGAGAUCAUUUCCACCAACACAUCAGCAACCAAUUCUCCAAUUCCCGAUUUCAAUUUCUCACUUGAUCCAGUGGAAAUUGAUCCAAAUUUCCCUUUUAAUACCCCAGGAUUUUUCUCUUGAUUGUACUAUAAUGGAAUCCUAUAAGCAUAUAAUUUUCCCAAAAUAGGACAAGUUCAAACAGCAGUAGAAUUGUAGAAUAAAGAAUCAGCAACUGCAGCACUCAUGAAUGUCACUGUAGUCAAUAUCAGAAUUACAAUUUUGGCAUUGUUUAUCAAAAAGCAGUUUGUACUUUCAGAUUAAAAGGUGCUCUAAAUUUUCCUCGGUACAA